UUUGAAACUGUGCGGCGCUCUUGUGUAGUGAGCAGGGAAGUGUAGGCCGCAUGUGCUCUGUUCUGUCACUCACAGUAAUCUACGCACCAAAUUCACACCUUCAUCACCUGUUUGUUCGUUUAAAGAGCGACUACAAUGCCGAAGAAAUCUAAAGAAGUGGCUGAGUGGGAAGGAGACGAUGAACCACAGACAGAUAAAGUUGUGAAGAAAGGAAAGAAAGACAAGAAGGGGAAGAAGAGUUUCUUUGAUGAGCUGUCAUCAGAAAGUAAAGCAGAGAAGACGGAAGAGCCGGCAGUGAAGGAGACGCAAGGAAAGCAGCCUCAAAAGAAAAAAAAGGACCGCCGGAAAGGGAAAGCCGGGGACGCUGAGGAUGAAGAUGAAGACGUCAUGCAGCAACUCAAGAAACUCUCCGUCCAGCCCAGUGAUGAGGAAGAGGACGAGGUGAUAGCAGCUCCCGUGAGAGGUGGGAAGAGAAACAAGGGUGGCAACAUAUUCGCUGCACUGAGCCAGAGUCAGAGCGAUGAAGAGGGCGACGCAGAUGGUGACGAAGACGAUAAACCUAUAAAUAAGAAAACCUCUAAGGAGGUUUCCAGAGGAAAGAAAAACGAUAAGGCUAAAACUAGGAAAUCUAAGGCAUCUGAUGACGAACCGGACGAGGAGCUGGAGAAAAAAGACGAGACUGAGAAGAAGGUGGUGAAGAACAAGAAAUCAGGCAGCAAAGCAUCCAAGGAGGAGGAUGAGAAGAAAGAAGAAAAGCCUCAGAAGGCUGCUGGAAAGAAAGAACAGCCAAAGAAAGGAAAACCUGCUCACCAGCCUCCUAGUGAGGAUGAGGAUGAGGAAGAGAAAAGCGAUGACAAUGACACCAUGAUGAGUGCAGAGGACGUUCUUGUGGCAGAGCAUAACAAAGAACGGGAGGAAGACCCCUAUGCCAACCUGAGUAAAAAGGAGAAGAAGAAGAAAAAGAAGCUGAUGGAGUACGAGCGGCAGGUGGCUAGUGUCCGUGCUCAGAACGCCACUGAGGGAGAUUUCUCAGUCUCUCAGGCUGAGGUGUCUUCAAGGCAAGCCAUGUUGGAGAACGCCUCUGAUAUAAAGCUGGAGAGAUUCAGCAUCUCUGCUCACGGGAAGGAGCUUUUUGUCAAUGCUGAUCUUCUGAUUGUAGCCGGUCGCCGCUACGGUCUGGUUGGACCAAAUGGGAAAGGAAAGACCACGUUACUGAAGCACAUUUUCAACAGAGCUCUCAGCAUUCCUCCCAAUAUUGAUGUGCUGCUCUGUGAACAAGAGGUGGUCGCCGAUGACACUCCGGCCGUACAGGCUGUGCUGAAGGCGGACACGCGGCGUCUGAAGUUGCUUGAUGAGGAAAAGAGCCUGCAGGCGUUGCUUGAGAAGGGCGAGGACAGUGUCACUGAGAGGCUAGAGAAGGUGUAUGAAGAGCUGAGGGCAAUCGGAGCAGCGGCAGCUGAGGCUAAAGCUCGUAGAAUCUUGGCUGGUUUGGGCUUCACCCCUGAAAUGCAGAACAGACCCACUAAGAAGUUUUCAGGUGGCUGGAGAAUGAGAGUAUCACUCGCCAGAGCCCUGUUCAUGGAGCCCACCCUGCUGAUGCUGGACGAGCCGACGAACCAUCUCGACCUCAAUGCUGUCAUCUGGCUCAAUAACUAUCUGCAAAGCUGGAAAAAGACAUUACUGAUCGUGUCCCAUGACCAGAGUUUCUUAGACGAUGUCUGUACAGAUAUCAUUCACCUGGACAACCAGAAGCUCUAUUACUACAGGGGCAACUAUUUGACGUUUAAGAAGAUGUACGUGCAGAAGCAAAAGGAGCUUCUAAAGCAGUAUGAGAAACAAGAGAAAAAGCUGAAAGAUCUGAAAGCUGGAGGCAAAUCCACUAAACAAGCUGAGAAACAAACAAAGGAGGCUUUGACUAGGAAACAGCAGAAAGGCAAGAAGAAGGGACAGGAAGAGGAAAGCCAUGAGGCCCCAGAGCUCCUGAAAAGACCUAAAGAAUACACUGUGAAGUUCACAUUUCCAAACCCACCGCCUCUCUCCCCACCCAUUCUUGGCCUCUACAGUGUGGACUUUGCCUACGAUGGUCAGAAGGCUCUGUUCAGAAACGUUGACUUUGGUAUUGAUAUGGAGUCUCGAAUUUGUAUAGUUGGACCAAACGGUGUGGGAAAGAGUACACUCCUGCUUUUGCUGACAGGGAAAUUGACGCCUUCCAAAGGCGAGAUGAGGAUGAAUCACCGCUUGAAAGUGGGCUUCUUCAACCAGCAGUAUGCUGAUCAGCUGAACAUGGAGGAGUCUGCCACAGAGUAUCUGCAGAGAAAUUUCAAUCUGCCAUACCAGGACAGCAGAAAGUGUCUCGGCCGCUUCGGUCUAGAGAGCCACGCGCACACUAUCCAGAUUUCUAAACUUUCUGGUGGCCAGAAAGCAAGAGUAGUAUUUGCUGAACUUUCAUGUCGCCAACCGGACGUCCUGAUUUUGGAUGAACCGACCAACAAUCUGGACAUCGAGUCCAUUGAUGCUUUAUCAGAAGCCAUCAAUGAAUACAAAGGAGCUGUGAUCAUUGUGAGCCACGAUGCCCGGUUGAUUACCGAGACUCAGUGCCAUCUGUGGGUGGUGGAAGACCGGUCAAUAAACAACAUUGUUGGAGACUUUGAAGACUACAAGAGAGAAGUGCUGGAGGCUCUCGGAGAAACGCUGGUUAACAAGCAGAAAGAGUGAACGUGCCAUGAGGGGAUGGAAGAUGCUUUGUUUUCAGUGCUGUUAUUUACUCUCAAAAACCCGGUGCUUCAGUCUCAUAACCUACGAUGAAUUUUCAUCAUUAACGCUCGAGUGUGAUGCAGACUGAUGCUAUGUAUUUGUUGGUUUUUUUUUUUUUUUUUGACUUAUUUCUUUGUAGUGUGCAGGCUCACCUAAAAAUCUGGUCAUUAAAAUUGUGCUUUCAUGGGAUUGUCAGCUUUUUCUGGAAGCUUGAGAUUCACCAGCAUUUUUCUAAAUGACCUGCAUUAGGGCGGCACAGUAUUAAAAAUAGCACAUUGCCAUUAUGAUUGAUUUGCCCUGCAAAUUGUGACUUUUUUUUUCCACUACAAUAUCAAAAUACCUCCUGAAAAAGUUGAUCUGGAACCUUUAUCAGAAUGGUUUAACCUUUUAGAUUUUUGCAGUAUUAGCACCAAAAUAUUACAGAAGCCAAUACUGGAAUAUUAACAUUAUAUAAAAAUAAUUGCUGUAAAACAAGACUGAUCUAGUUUGUAUGUAGAAAAGAAUGUUAGAUAAAUGAUUGCAAAGAAACAUCGUUUGCAUCUGAGAAUUGACAUGGACUACAACAAUAAAUGAAUUUUGCAGUA